CCUGAAGUACAUUAUCUGAAGUACAUUUAUGUAUAUGCUGAAAGAUCAAAGCUUCAAUGGAAAAUCUGAAAAAUGGUCUUACCAGGCAUCAUCUUGGAUAGUAUUAUAGUAAUUUCACUUUAUGACAAGUAUGGACCAAUAUGAGAAGGCUAUCUAUGGCUGUGUAAUACUAGAAUCAGAAAAGUUUGUGCUUGCUAUGUAUGGCUGGUUGAGGCAUCUAGAACAAUACCCUUUAAUUUAGCUGCCCAGCAUUGUCAUAUCCCCAUAACCUUUUAACUAAUUUUCUUUGUCAUAUUUCAACAACAAGGAAAAAAUCUUUGUACUGUAUAGAAUCACAGUUUGAAUAAACUUACCAGACACUUAUCUGGUGGAAGACUAAACCUGGCUAGAGACAGGUAUAAAAAUGAGGGCAAGGAUGUCAUUGAUGAGUCCAGGGGCAAGGCACUACUGAGAGAGCACGGCUACCAUGCUAUCUUUGCUGGAAAGAGGCAGACUGGUAGGGUUUCUAGAGAUUUGAAUGAAUCCAGCCUGGUGGGUCCCUGUGCCGGCAGAGGGCACUCCAGCCCAGCAUUCCAGUCCAGCUGAAGCAGCCUCCACCCAUGAUGGGAAGGGCCCACUGCACUGCAGGAGAAGGUGCUCCAGUCUGUCUGGAAUGGCUCCCCCGCCUGUCCCCGUUGAUAGACAAUGGCACAAGUUAAAAUGCAGACUACAGCAAACCUCUGUGGACCUACCCUUUCCCCUAUGGUGCUAACCCCAUCUAUAACAAAUGCAAGUUCACUGGGUCUGCAGGCCUCAAUGAAUGGAUCCAUUUCAGAACCAGCUGCCAGCUGUAACAGUCCAACAGCUGGUCUUAUGGAUUCUGCACCAUCUAGCCACUCACCAGCUCCUCUCCAAGAUAACAUGGCAAACCCCAAAGAGAAAACUCCAAUGUGUCUGGUAAAUGAGUUAGCCCGUUUCAAUAGAAUUCAACCCCUGUAUAAACUUCUGAAUGAAAGAGGGCCUGCUCAUGCCAAGAUGUUCACAGUGCAGCUGCAUCUUGGAGAGCAGACAUGGGAAGCAGAAGGGAGCAGUAUUAAAAAGGCUCAACAUGCUGCUGCUAGCAAAGCAUUGAACAAAACGACUCUUCCCAAACCAACUCCCAGGCCACCCAAAAAUAACAUUAAUAAUAACCCAGGCAGUAUAACACCAACAGUGGAGCUGAAUGGUCUUGCUAUGAAAAGGGGAGAGCCUGCCAUCUAUAGACCACUAGAUCCAAAGCCAAUCCCAAACUAUAGAGCAAAUUAUAACUUCCGGGGCAUGUACAAUCAGAGGUAUCACUGCCCAGUGCCUAAGAUUUUCUAUGUCCAAUUGACUGUUGGCAACAGUGAGUUUAUUGGUGAAGGAAAGACUCGUCAAGCUGCUAGACACAAUGCUGCAAUGAAGGCCCUACAAGCUCUCCAGAAUGAACCUAUCCCAGAAAAAUUACCUCAGAAUGGAGAGACAGGAAAGGAAGCAGAAGAAGAAAAAGAUGCAAACAAAUCUGAGAUCAGCAUAGUGUUUGAAAUUGCCUUAAAGCGCAACAUGCCUGUCAGUUUUGAGGUGAUUAAGGAAAGUGGCCCUCCACACAUGAAGAGCUUUGUUACUCGAGUUUCAGUAGGAGAGUUCUCUGCAGAAGGAGAAGGAAACAGUAAGAAACUUUCAAAGAAACGCGCUGCAAUGACUGUCUUACAAGAACUCAAAAAACUUCCACCUCUUCCUGUGAUUGAAAAGCCAAAACUUUACUUUAAAAAACGCCCCAAAACAAUAUUAAAGACUGGACCAGAAUAUGGUCAAGGAAUGAACCCCAUUAGUCGCUUGGCUCAAAUCCAACAAGCCAAAAAGGAGAAGGAGCCAGAGUAUGUUCUUCUUUCAGAGAGAGGGAUGCCACGUCGCCGAGAAUUUGUUAUGCAGGUAAAAAUAGGCAGUGAAAUUACUACUGGCACAGGCCCUAACAAGAAAAUAGCUAAAAGAAAUGCAGCAGAAGCAAUGUUGCUACAGCUUGGUUAUAAAGCCUCCACCCCUCUUCAAGAUCAGCCAGAAAAGCCAGGAGAAAACAAAGGUUGGAAUGGCCAAAAUGUUGGGUUUCCUGAGCCAACAAGUAACACGCCAAAGGGAAUUCUCCAUCUCUCACCUGAUGUUUAUCAAGAGAUGGAAGCAAGCCGCAACAAAGCAUCUCCUAGCACCACUGUAAGCUAUUUGUCAUCCAAAGAAAUGAGCCAGACUUCUAGCUCUUUCUUCAGCAUAUCUGCUGCAUCCAAUAGUACAGCUACAAUUGCCAGGGAACUCCUCAUGAAUGGAACAUCCCCAACUGCUGAAGCCAUAGGUCUAAAAGGAUUAUCUCCCGCUUCCCCCUGUUCUGCAGUGCAGCCUUCAAAACAGCUGGAAUAUUUGGCAAGGAUUCAAGGCUUUCAGGUACACUACAGUGAUAGACAAAAUGGCAAAGAGUGUAUGACCAGUUUGACACUGUCUCCUGUGCAGAUGACUUUCCAUGGUAUCGGAAGCUCCAUUGAAGCCAGCCAUGACCAGGCAGCUUUAAGUGCCUUGAAACAGUUUUCGGAACAAGGACUGGACCCAGUGGAAGGGGCUAUGAAGGUUGAAAAUGGAGCACUUGAAAAACAAGUCAAGCAUCUGGGAGAGAAAGCAGACAAUAAACAGACUAACUCAGGCACCAUUGCUCAGGACUGCAAGGAUUCAAAGGCUGUCGUCUAGGAGCUUCCCAGCACCCACGGCUGCCACUGCAUCCUUAUAAACCUGUCAACACGCAAUAGGGUGUAUGUGUACAAGGAAAUGAACGACUAAUACCAUUAUUUGAGUCUUAUGUGAAGACAACACUAUUCUAACACAAGAGAUAGUAUACAUGGUACUGUUUAUUCAACUGGGGAAAAAUAAAAUCAAGCAUUUUCCUCAGAACUUUAGAUCAGAUCAUAACUCAGUUGCCCAGAGGCAGCAGAAAUCUGAUCAUGUUACUGGAACUUAAAAUAACAAUUAAUUGUUAGGAAAAAAAGGUAAAGUUUAAAAUGAAUUAAUAAGAGUCAGCAUUGAUUCAGUUACAUAAUUUUUUCAUAGUGUAGUUUAAGUUCAGCUUUACUCUUUUUUAAAAUAAAUGCUUGAAUAUUUUAAAAUUAAUGACAGUGCUGUGAGAAUUGUAAUUGUUGUCUUCAUAUAUAGUCAUACAGCUUAUCUUUUUAUGCAGACAUUAUACAUUCUUCAUUCUGUAUGAAUAUGUAUGACUUUAAAAUGCACUACUCAGCGUUGUAUGCAAACAGAAGUUUAAAUCAUGAAAAGUCUUGGCUUAAACAUGAACUGAUGUUAGUAACAAUCAGUUGCAAUAUACUCCAGGAAAAGCA